AACAUUUUGUCUGAACACAGACUCCUCUGCCCGGCUGUCUCUGCUCCUGCUCACAACAACAACCAGGCCAGACUUGGCACAGUUUCCCCCUUGUGCCGUCAUAAUUCCAGAUCUCGCGAACGGGAGUGUAAUCAACCCUGGGCCCUGUGUGUGUGUCGUGUCCUGCAGAGCUGAAAUGUCACUCUGCUGCGUGUAGGCCUUGCAGCACAGGCAACCUGAGUGUGUGACUAGGGGGGCUAAGGACCUACAGUAUUUGGGGUGGGAUUAUAAUGUGCUUUGUUAUUUGACAGCGGAUGUAGAAGAAGUGUUAACUUAUCACCUACCUGUACUUGUUUGUUUUCAUAUUAAAGAGCUCGAGGUAGUCUCGGGGCGGACGCUCAGUGGCCAUGUCGACCCUCCUGCGCUGCAUCUCCAGCUCUUCUGUCACUUUGUUCCAGCGAGGGGUCCGUCAGAAGAUACCUGGAAGGAGGCAUUUCAGGACUUUCCCUGUGUUAUGGGACCAAAAGGCCUCCGGAGGUGUGCUCUACAAGGACCUGGUGGUUGGCGUUCCGAAGGAGACUGUGCAGAAUGAGCGUCGAGUGGCCAUGUCUCCUGCGGGGGUGGAGGCGUUGGUCAAGCUGGGCUUCCAGGUGCAGGUGGAGAGUGGAGCUGGAGAGGAAUCCAAGUUCUCUGACCAGCAGUACAAAGAUGCUGGAGCCACCAUCACUGACGUCAAGGGAGCCUUUGGCUCAGACUUGGUCCUCAAGGUCAGAGCCCCCAGUUUGAGCGAGGCAGACCUCCUGAAGUCCAAGUCCACCUUGGUGAGCUUCAUCUAUCCAGCACAGAACCCAGAGCUGAUGAAGAAGCUGUCAGAGAGGCAGAGCACCGUGCUGGCCAUGGAUCAGGUGCCCAGGGUCACCAUCGCACAGGGCUACGAUGCACUCAGCUCCAUGGCUAACAUCGCCGGGUACAAGGCUGUGGUUCUGGCUGCCAACCACUUUGGCAGGUUCUUUACUGGUCAGAUCACAGCAGCAGGAAAAGUACCCCCAGCUAAGGUUCUGGUUAUUGGAGGUGGAGUGGCUGGUUUGGCAGCAGCAGGGGCAGCCAAGUCGAUGGGAGCCAUAGUCAGAGGAUUUGACACCAGGCCAGCAGCCCUGGAGCAGUUCAAGUCUUUUGGGGCAGAGCCUUUAGAAGUAGACCUGAAGGAGUCUGGCGAGGGGGUCGGAGGUUAUGCCAAAGAGAUGUCUAAGGAGUUCAUUGAGGCUGAGAUGGCCCUUUUCGCCAAGCAGUGUAAAGAGGUCGACAUUGUCAUCAGCACUGCCCUGAUUCCAGGGAAGCGUGCUCCCAUUCUGAUCAAGAGGGAGUUUGUGGAGUCGAUGAAGGACGGCUCAGUGGUGGUGGAUCUGGCUGCAGAGGCAGGGGGCAACAUCGAGACCACCAAGCCUGGAGAUCUGCACGUUCACAAGGGAGUAACACACAUUGGCUACACAGACCUGCCCAGCCGCAUGGCCACCCAGGCCAGCACUCUGUAUUCAAACAACGUACUGAAGCUGCUGAAGGCCAUUAGCCCAGACAAGGAAUACUUCCACUAUCAGCCGACAAACGAAUUUGACUAUGGAACAAUUGACCAUGUCAUCCGUGGGACUCUUGUUAUGAAGGAAGGCGAGAACAUGUUCCCGGCCCCCCUCCCCAAAACGGCGCCCCCAGCCCCGGCAAAACAGAAAACAGUCGCAGAGUUGGAGGCUGAGAAAGCGGCUGUAAUCUCUCCCUUUAAACGCACCAUGACCUCUGCUGGCAUCUACACUUCAGGUGUGUCCACCUGUCUGGCUCUGGGCAUCAUCUCCCCCAACGCAGCCUUCACUCAGAUGGUCACCACCUUCGGCUUGGCCGGGAUCGUGGGAUACCACACCGUGUGGGGCGUGACCCCCGCUCUGCACUCACCCCUCAUGUCCGUCACCAACGCCAUCUCAGGUCUGACAGCGGUUGGAGGUCUGGUGCUGAUGGGUGGAGGUCUCACACCCUCCACCCUGCCCGAGAGCCUGGCUCUUGCUGCUGCCUUUGUUUCCUCCAUCAACAUUGCCGGCGGUUUCCUGAUCACUCAGAGGAUGUUGGACAUGUUCAAGCGUCCCACUGACCCUCCUGAGUACAACUACCUGUAUGCGCUGCCUGGGGCUGCCUUUGUUGGGGGGUAUGGAGCCUCAGUGGCUGCAGGAUACAACAUUGAGCAGAUGAUGUACUUGGGCUCAGGCUUGUGUUGCGUCGGGGCGCUGGCAGGCCUCUCUGCUCAGGGCACCAGUCGCUUGGGGAACGCCCUGGGCAUGAUGGGAGUGGCAGGGGGCCUCGCCGCCACCCUCGGUGCCCUCAAACCCUCACCGGAGCUGCUGUCUCAGAUGUCUCUGGCCAUGGCCACUGGGGGAACCCUGGGUCUCACCAUUGCCAAGCGUAUUGAAAUCUCAGACUUGCCGCAGCUCGUGGCGGCCUUCCACAGCCUUGUGGGGCUGGCAGCUGUUCUCACCUGCAUUGCCGAGUUCAUGAUUGAGUACCCCCACCUGGACACUCACCCUGCCGCCGGUGUGCUCAAGACCGUGGCGUAUCUUGGCACCUACAUCGGAGGGGUCACUUUCAGUGGCUCACUGGUGGCCUACGGCAAGCUUCAAGGCGUCCUUAACUCUGCCCCCCUGCUGUUGCCGGGACGACACGCAUUGAACGCUGGUCUGAUGGCAGCAUCAGUGGGAGGCAUGGUGCCCUUCAUGCUCAGUUCCAGCUACAGUACCGGCAUGGGGUGUCUAGUAGGAGUGUCUGGCCUCUCCACUAUUAUGGGUGUAACUCUGACAGCUGCCAUCGGGGGCGCUGACAUGCCCGUGGUCAUCACCGUAUUGAACAGCUACUCUGGAUGGGCGCUCUGUGCUGAGGGCUUCCUGCUAGACAACAAUCUCAUGACGAUUGUCGGAGCUCUGAUCGGCUCUUCUGGUGCCAUCCUCUCCUACAUCAUGUGUGUGGCCAUGAACCGCUCCCUGCCCAAUGUGAUCCUGGGUGGGUACGGCACCACCUCCACCGCGGGCGGUAAGCCCAUGGAGAUUGUUGGCACUCACACUGAGGUCAACGUGGACCAGACCAUUGACAUAAUCAAAGAAGCCAACAACAUCAUCAUCACACCAGGUUGGGGUCUAUGUGCAGCGAAAGCCCAGUACCCAAUUGCAGACAUGGUGAAGAUGCUGAGGGAACAAGGAAAGACUGUCAGGUUUGGCAUCCACCCGGUGGCUGGUCGUAUGCCUGGCCAGCUGAAUGUCCUCUUGGCCGAGGCGGGUGUUCCCUAUGAUGUGGUCCUGGAGAUGGAUGAGAUCAAUGACGACUUCCCAGAGACAGACUUGACACUGGUCAUCGGAGCCAACGACACAGUGAAUUCUGCAGCACAAGAAGAUCCCAACUCGAUAAUUGCUGGCAUGCCUGUCUUGGAGGUGUGGAAGUCCAAACAGGUGAUCGUGAUGAAGCGUACCUUGGGCGUGGGCUACGCUGCAGUAGAUAACCCCAUUUUCUACAAGCCCAACACGUCAAUGCUGCUGGGAGAUGCCAAGAAGACAUGUGACAGCCUGCAAGGCAAGAUCAGAGAGACCUACUACUAGUGACCCCUCAUUAGCUUACCAUCAUGUACAGAGGCAGGUUGACAGAUCAUGUAUUUCCAACUGGCUUUCAGUAUAUAUAUUUUGGAGAACUGAUAUAUUGGGUCUGCAAUAAAUGUGUUCUAUUACAAAGAUGCCCAAGAUUCAUAAGAUGAUUAAUUCAAACACAAACAUGUACUGAUUUGUAAAUAAAAAGUAUUUAAACAUAUUUGGAGUCCAUUUCUUUGCAAAUGAUAUUUUAAAGUAACAGUCUGAAACAUUUUCAUUUAAAUAAAAUGUUAAGUCACAACCACCAAACAAGGUAACACAAUGGUGAUUAAGCCUAUUGCCCACUAAUGAAA